AUGCCCGACUGCGUAGCCCACGACCGCCGCGUCUCAACCCUCCAGUCCCGCAUCGCCCACUUCCAUAGCACCUCAACACCCUUCCGAAUCUACCACGGCAGCACAAAUAGCACGCGACAUGCCUCCUUCGACCCCUUUGCCAUUAUCGACGUCUCGUCCUUCAACAACAUCCUCUCCAUUAACGCCUCUACCCAAACUGCAAUUGUUGAGCCAAACGUACCCAUGGACGCCCUCGUCGCUGCGACAACAGCUCAAGGGUUCCUGCCGCCGGUCGUUAUGGAGUUCCCUGGCAUCACUGUUGGAGGAGGCUUCGUCGGGACUGCGGGUGAGAGUAGUAGCUUCAAGUAUGGGUUCUUCGAUCGGACGGUUGUAAGAGCAGAGGUCGUGCUUGCUGAUGGGACGCUUGUGAAAUGCUCGGCGACGGAACAUGCUGAGCUUUUCGACGGGUUGAGAGGGAGCUUUGGGACGUUGGGCGUGUUGACGCUGGUGGAAGUCAUGCUUGUGCCCCUGAAGAGCUGGGUGGAGGUCACAUAUUAUCCCACCGCGUCCAGUGCAGAGGCGAUGGAUGUGCUGCAGAAGGAGACUAGGAAAGGCGAGAACGACUAUGUGGAUGGCGUGCUCUUCUCGAAGGACUCGGGGGUUAUCAUGUCUGGUCGUCUGGUGUCCGAACCAUCUUCCCCACGGAUACCUGUUUGUCGCUUCUCACGGCCUUGGGACGAGUGGUUCUGGAUACACGCUCGCAGUCUCACCUCAUCAGACAAGGCCACCACGGAGCUCGUGCCCAUUGGAGACUAUCUCUUCCGGUACGAUCGCGGCGCUUUCUGGAUGGGGAUGUACGCGUACCACCACUUCUUCGUACCUUUCUGGUACAUUUUUCGCGUACUUCUGGACUACUUUAUGCACACAAGGAUCAUGUAUCAUGCGUUGCACGCAUCAGGAUACACAGAUCGGUACAUAAUCCAAGACAUUGCAUUCCCAGCUGCGAGCGCAAAGGCAUUCGUCGAUUAUCUGGAUGAGAAGUUCGGGAUCUACCCGCUGUGGUUGUGUCCAUUGCGCAAGGAUGGCCGAGUGUCGAUGGGCCAUCCAAGACAGUUCGAUGGGCCUGUAGGCGGGCAAGAGCAAACCGGACGGACAUACCAGGGCGAGUACAUCAAUGUCGGGGUCUGGGGUCCGUAUCCGUCUUCUGAGGUCGAGUACAUUCGGGCAAAUCGCGAGUUGGAGAGGAAAACCAGGGAGCUCGGUGGGCUGAAGUGGUUGUACUCGAGAGUAUUUUACACAGAAGAUGAGUGGUGUGAAUUGUACGACAAAGAGAAGGACGAAGCGCUGAGAAUGAAGUUUGGAGCAACUGGACUGCCUUCGAUCUGGGAGAAAGUGAGAGAUCGAGGCAAGAAGAAAGAGGAACAUGGGACUGGUCUCAAGGGGUUGCUGAAGAGAAUGAUCAAGAGCAGUGCGUUGCUGAGUGGGUUCUAUGGGAUCUACAAGGCGGUGCGAGGGGGUGACUAUAUGUUGAAGAAGAAGAGCAGUUAG